AUGGAAAAUCCAAUCAGUAGUGAUAAUUUAUACACGAAUGUUCAGAUUACAUCAUUAUCGUUUCCUAAUAUAAAAAUUAAACAAGAAAAUCAAAUAACAUACCAAAAUCACGAUGAUAAUAAUUAUAGAAAUGUUAAAAAUAUUUCUGCAUCUUCCUCCGAUUCAUCCUCGCCACCAUCACCUUCUAAUUCAUCCACCAUCAUAAAUUCCAAUAUCACAACAAAAAUGCCUAUCAACACACAAAGAACAACAAGAAGGCAGAAUCUAUCAACGCCUAGUUUAAUUAGACCGUCUGCUGCUCAGAUGCCUAGCCCUGACACUUCUCCUUGUGUGCCAACACUAAAGUAUCAACAUCAAAUGCAUCAAGAUAUACUGCAAAUCCCAUUACACACAGGCAGAUAUUGUCAAUAUCAACAAGUAAUUCAACCAUUCACUCACAUUUUUCCAAUUCCGUGCUCUACUCUUCCACCUUAUCAGCAUCAGCAGCAGCAACAAGAACGAAAUUUAACGGCACAAACAAAAAGUCAAUCAACAAUACCGGAUAUAGAAUGUCGAAAAAGAAAGCUUGAACGUAAUCGUAUUGCUGCAAAACAAUGUCGUGAACGUAAAAAAAUUUAUGUAGCAAAACUUGAAUCAAAAGUCACAAGACUUGAGGAAGAAAACGCACAUUUACGACGAGAGCUUGACGAAUUAAAUACACGACUUCAGUUUAAUCCU